AUGAAUAAUAAUAAUAGCAAUAAUCGAAUAUUAUAUGACAAUGCAACUACAAUUUUGCAUAAUAAAAAUUAUUAUUUUGAGCCAAUCGAUCAUGCUUCGACAUCAAAUUCAACAUCAAUACAAAUAAAUAAUUCACAAAUAAUUCAACGUCCUGUACCUAUUAUGAAUCAUCAUCAUCAUUCAGAUAAAGUUAAUGAACAACCAAAGAAACAACAGUAUAUGCCUCAAACAAAAAGAAAUUCAACAAUUGAUAUGAAUCCAUCAAAUAUCGAUUCAACAAUUCGAUCACAUGCAUUAUCUCGUUCAGUAACAACAGAUCGAUUGGCUAGAAAUACUACAACAAAUAAACUCUAUUAUUAUCCUAGCGUACAAGAUGUACUUGAUGCUUUAAAUCGACGUUCAUUCGACAAAGAAUCAUUUGUUUAA